AUGAUAGAACCUAAACGCAAAUUUUCGACUUGGUCCUCGUUUCUCACCGCUGCCUUCACCCUAACAUCUCCAACACUUGCGCAGAACUUGAAACCUCAUGGGAGCUCACAUGCAUCCCGUGGCUCACCAGCAGCCUUGCCGCUCCCACACCGAAUCGUGACCCAAUUUCAAAAGCCAUCCUGGAUCGAAAACAUCGCAGUUCGCUCAAACGGAGACCUGCUACUCACCCAGCUGUUCCCCAGCCCAAUCCUCUACACCGUCAUCAGCCCGGCAAGUGUCUCGCCCAAAACCGGGAUAGUCCACACAUUCGAUGGCGUGGAGGGCCUGUUGGGUAUCACGGAGACAGCAACACCGGACGUCUUUGUUCUCGUCGGGACCAAUGCAUCAAACCCCGGUUCCGGCGCAUCCACUGCAUGGAGUGUGGAUUUCCGACAGCGUGAUUCACAACCCGCCGUGACCGAAAUCGCGCAGCUACGCGAUGCAAGAGUGCCCAACGGGAUGACAACUUCUCCUCAACUGGGUGACUCGGUUUUGAUAGCCGACUCGGCCGGGUUCGUCUGGCAUCUUGACCUGCACACUGGCGAGCACAGGGUUGCUGCACAGGUUCCUGAGAUGGCUCCUGCGGCCGGAUCGUCAGGCACGGGGAUCAACGGGGUCAAGAUGCACGGCGGGUAUCUGUACUGGAGCAACAGUGCCGAUGCUUCUCUCUACCGGCUGGGGGGGCGCAGAGAUGGUUCUCCUUGCGAGAGUGCGAGGGUGCAGAAGGCGGCUGCGCCGGACGCGACGUUCCUUGAUGACUUUGUCAUUGGCAAGGAUGGGACGAUUUGGGCUGCGACUAACUCCGAUAAUCGUUUGUUGGCUGUACGAGGGUUUAAUGGGAGUGUUGUGGUUGCCGGAGGGACCUCAGAGUUGACGCUGGCGGGCAAUACCGCGGCUGCAUUUGGAAGGGGCAAAACAGAUGCCCAUAUCCUUUAUGUUGUGACCUGUGGUGGCCUCAGGGCACCUGUCAACGGCACGUACACUGAGGGAGGAAAAGUGGUAGCUGUUGAUACCCGGGGAUUUGCGUGGGAUUAG